AUGCCUGUGCAAUUCCUCCGACGACUCGUACGGCCUUCCACUUUCGUGCAGUCGCCUCUGGCUGCUGCGCGCUCGCCUAUUACCGCCACACCGCUUCACAAUGCCUUCGCGGGCCUCUCCCUCGGCCCUACACCCGCGCCACGAGCCAACAAGUGCACAUUGAUCCAGGUCCUGCGGCAAGGAAGAAUACAGCAGAGGGCGCGAAAGCUGCGAUCGCCACAGCUUGCGAACAGACCAGAGUUGAAGGGUGUGUGCUUGAAGGUCGGCACAACGAAGCCCAAGAAGCCCAAUUCUGGCGAGAGGAAGAUUGCUAGGGUGCGUCUGAGCACGGGAAAGGUCAUCACAGCAUACAUUCCUGGAGAGGGUCACAAUGUACAGCAGCAUUCGGUCGUCAUGGUACGAGGUGGACGUGCACAGGAUUGCCCUGGUGUGAAGUACCAUCUCGUCAGAGGAGCUCUGGAUCUGGGUGGUGUGGGUAGCAGGAUCACAUCGAGGUCGAAGUAUGGAACGAAGAAGCCCAAGCCCGCCGCCGCAUAA